UUUUAAGUGCACAUAUGUAUGAAUAUGAUCUUUAUCCAGCUAGUGUCACUCCAUUUGGUUAUACAUGGUACAUUCCAAUAACAUGUAAAUUUGGUACUACAUCAAAUGAAUUAAAUUUCACUCGUACAUUCUAUCUUGAUAGUGCUAGAAUGGAUUUUCCAUUUGGUACUCUUAAUUAUCAAUAUUUUUAUUGUAAUACUGAUUUUGCUGGAUAUUAUAUUAUGGAUUAUACAAGUGAUAAUUGGGGAGAAUUAUCAGCAGCUUUAGAUAAUAAUAAUCCGGGUUUAUUGGAAAUUGAUCGAGCUAAUUUACUCAAUAAUGCAUUUUUAAGUGCACAAUCAAAUGAAGAAAGUUAUAGAAUUGUUCGAGGAGUUACUCAAUUUUUAUAUCGAGAUGCAUAUAAAGGUAUACUAUCAUGGCAAGCAUUAUCAUAUCAUGUUAAUCGUAUGUUAGAUGUACUUGAAUAUGAAUCAUUAUAUGGUGUUGUUCAAAAAUAUUUCCGACUUGUUGUUCGAAGAUAUUAUACAACAUUUGAAACAACUUUAUGGAAUGAUGAUGGAACAUUCUCUGAACAAAUUCUAAAAAAUACAAUUAUUCAACUUGCAUGUCGAUUACAAUUACCUGAAUGUAUUGAUAAAGCAACUGUAUUAUGGAAUGACGCAUAUCCUUCUCUAGUGAAUGGAGAAGCUGAUCAUUCAAUUGUUGAUCAUGCUCGUGAAGUUGUCUAUCGAACACAUUUUCAAAAUACAUAUAACGAUAGUGAAUGGAUAACAAUUGAAAGCGAUUAUCAUAAUUUUGUUGAUGUACAAGAACGAUAUCGUUUACUUGAAGCUAUGACACAAUCACGUCAGCCAUGGCAUUUAUAUCAAUUAUUAUACCGAGAUGCAGAACCAAAUAAAGAUACUGAUGUUGAUCUAUUACAAGUUUUAACAUUACUUGCAAAAAAUCCUGUUGGUCGUGAAUUAGUUUGGUUAUAUUAUCGAAAACAUUGGGCAGAACUUCAAACUACUUAUGGACGUACAAAUCAACGAUUAGGACAAUUACUUAUGGAUAUAACCGCCACAUUUGAAGAUGAAUUUCAUGAAGUUGAAUUAAUUGAUUUUCUUGCAUCAACACCAGGUGUGAAUACAAAUGUUGAUGCACGUUUUUGGGCACUUGAACGUGCUAAUAUGAAUUUCUGGUGGAUAGUUGAUGGUUCAAAAGAUAUGGCUGAAUCAUUCGAUCUUGAAACUUAA